ACUAGUAAUGGAUCCAAAAGUGUUGUUUAUUAUUAUUUAUUUCGAAAAAUGAAAAUAUCACGUUUUAAAAAGUCGCACAAGACUUUGGUGUACUUUGCUUCAAACUUUGAGUACCGCGAGCCCUACCAGGUGCUAAUUGAUGCCACAUUUUGUCAAGCAGCUCUUCAGCACCAAAUUGGCAUUGAAGAGCAAAUUCGUAAAUACUUUCAAUGCCCAGCUAAGUUAUUGACCACGCAGUGCGUUAUUCUCGAGGCCGAAUCCUUGGGAGCACCUCUAACUGGAGCCACCAGUAUAGUAAAAAAAUUCCACGUGCAUAAAUGUGGACACGAGGGAAAACCUGUGCCUGCUGCCGAAUGCAUCAAAUCUAUGACAAAGGACAAUCGCUAUAUAGUUGCCUCUCAGGAUCGUCUAUUGCAAGAGAGUCUACGCAAGGUUCCUGGCCGAUGUCUGCUCUACCUACAUAAAGCCACCCCUGUCUUGGAAGCUCCGUCGAAAGCCUCCAGGAAAUGGGUGCAAAAGCGUGCUAAGAAUUUAAUGCUGGGCAAGCAAGUAGAAAAGAUUGACUUUAUGAAGGAGCAGCAAGGAUUAAAGAACACUGAAGUGACAAAGAAAGUGAAUCCAAAGAAAAGUAAAGGUCCCAAAAAUCCGAAUCCAUUAUCAUGUAAAAAGAGCAAAAAGGAUAGAACACAGCAAACUAAACCCCAAAUACACAAAGUAGACCAAACCGGCAUAACUAAGGCGAAACGAAAACGCAAAAAAAUACCAGCUCACGUUAAAGCAGCACUCAGUAAAGUUUAAUUUAUGUUUAUGGACAUUCUAGACUAAUAAAGGUUUGAAUUGUUUACUAAAUUAAACAUUAUAUCUCAUUUGAUAAGUCAUUUGACUAUUAAAUUUCAUAUAUUAAGAA